AGAGACGGAGAAAGAGAAAGCACGAGAGAGAGCACAGUGGUGCAGUAGUCGAGCGAAUUCCUCGCGCUACGGAGUAACGAGAACAUCGAUUCGAGGAAGGCUCUCGGCGGCCCGCAGCGUGUUGUAUAUGCGAGCUCGAGCGCGUGACCUUUCUAUCGUGCGUAUCACCGCGUUUCGGAGAAUAGAAUGCACAACAUGUGAACGUCCUGCUCAUCGGUUAAUCAGUGACGGAUUAUCGCAGUGACGAGUCAUCGUCGAAAAAUUUAUCUGCUUUACAAAAAAGCAACAACGGUCAAAGUAGCGUGAAAAAUUAAGCUCGCCGCGUGCGCUAAAUAGCAGUGGUGUGAGUGGGUGCAUCGUGGCGCCUGCUGCUCCUGGUGCAGCAGGUGGGGGCUGAGCAGCGGGGACAGGGGGUAAGAGGGGCCCGUAUUAUGCCCAUCAGGCCCCGGUCCCGCGGCAGCCAACGACAGCUCUCAAAACAAGCCUCAUGAGCCAAGAGGCAUGACUCUAGCCGGACCGGACCAUUUGCUUGCGGUAGAAACGACAGCGUUUCUGGGUGCUUGCUUGGGAUUCGUGGUGCUGCUGAUGGUCGUGGGCCUGUACCUGACGCGCAAGUGGUAUUACACGACGACGCCUGUCACUACUUCGGCUACUACCCUCUUCGGCGGCGUCUGCGUGCCACUUUGCGAGGCCAACGGAAUCGUGCCAGCCAUACAGAAUAUCGGAAACGGUUACGCUUUCGGAGAUCUCGAGACGAGUUCGGACUCGGAAGAAGACGCACUGAGACGGCUGGGCUGCCGCAAUCCCCUGCCGCCCGACACGUUGACCAUACAAGCCGAGGACGGGCUGGCCAAUUUUCAAGAUGCUGCGACUCUCAGCUGCAACAAUAAUUGCCUCGAGGAACGAGAAUCGGAGCAACAGCAGCAACUGCAACAACAACAACAACAACAGCAGCCACAGCGUCAUCAUCUGCAGCACCACAAUCAGCAGCAGCUACAUCAUCAGCAACAAUGCAUAGUUGAUGUAGGCUCGUCUGCCGUUACCCUUGAUCAUGCGGACGAUAUAUCGCCGACCCCGAGCGACGAGAAUGUGCCGACCUCGCCGACCGACACCAUCGCCUCGUUGGCCAUGUCGACCGACGAGGUGGCCACCCUCGAAGUCGCCUUCCUCUACGACGCACCGAUGCGAGAGAUGACGAUCCACGUGCUGCAAGGGCGCAACUAUCCCGCCGGUAUCGGUGGCAGCCAAGUUCGCCUGGUGCUGCUGCCCUCGAAAAAGCAGCGCCGUAAGACUCGAGUGCGCCAGGGUAGCUCGCCCCAGUACAUGGAGAGCUUCCUGCUGCCGCGAGUCAAUCCGGAGGACGUCAAUGCCAUGGGCGUGCGAGUCCGGGUGUACCUCUGGAGCGGUCGAAUGCGCCGGGAGCGCCUGCUGGGCGAGGCUCGCGUGUCCUUCGAUCGGAUGAAUCUGCGCCUGGAGACGACACUGUGGCUCGCGCUCCAACCACCGCCGACGUCUUCGGCACAAGACUGGGGAACGACGGCCAGCCUGACGCGCAGCGACUCCACGGGCUCGCAGCAGUCGGUGCAGUCGUACGCCCUGCCGCAGACGCCACCCUACGGCUCGAGCAUGAAGGGCGGCAGCACCUCGGAGCUGUUGCUCGGCCUCACCUACAACGGGGUCACGGGCCGCCUCUCCGUCGAGAUCAUCAAGGGCUCGCAUUUUCGCACCACGGACACCAAACCGCCCGACACCUACGUAAAGCUGGCGCUGGUCGACGCCAACGGCCACGAGAUGGGCCGCGCCAAGACCGGUCUGCGCCGGGCACAGCCGAAUCCACUCUACAAGGAGACUUUCAUCUUUCAGGUGGCUCUGUUCCAACUGGCCGAGGUGACGCUCUACCUAUCGGUCUACAAUCGCCGGCGCACCCCCUUGGGCAAGAAGGGCCGCGAGAUGAUCGGCUGGCUGUGUCUGGGCCAGAGCUGCAGCGGCGCCGACGAGCUUCAGCACUGGAACGACGUGCGCGCCGUGGCCCAUCCGACGCAGAUACAGCGCUGGCACUCGCUGCUGCGGCCCUGAGGCGACUGCAGCUGGCGUCGAAGCCGGGCCCGAUCGUGAAGCGACGAGCCACGGUGGUCUCCUUAUAUAAUACAUACCUAAAAGGCAUGAUAAGAGAGAGAGAGAGAGAGAGAGAGAGAGAUAAAAAGAUAGAGAGAGAAAAAGUGAGAUGAUCGCACGGAUUCGGAAACUCGAGAAGCUCAGCCGUAAAUAAUUGGCGCGCGUAGUAUGUUCACUACCGCAGGAGUUGCUGUGACGCAGCAGCAUUGCCGAUACUGCACCCCGAGCUUUUAAAGUCUCGCCAACAAAAAUAAAAAAAUAGAAAAAAAAAGAUUAAAAAAAAA